AUGCUUAUAGGAAGAAAUUAUAAAUCGUCGAGAGCUAUGAUGACACGACCAAGUACUCGGCAUAUUCGUUUCUUCUGGGAGCUAAUAAUUGCUUUUAUGAUGAUUGUUUCUGCUGCCGUAUUACAAACGUUUCAAUUUUUCAAUAAUGCUUGGUUGGUGCAUAAUAAUGGUUCAUAUGUAUAUCAGCGUGGAUUAGGAGACGACUGUGUAAAAAAUAAUAAAUUUUCCAAUCGAAUAAAGUGUUCAGGAUGGUGGGAUAAUGAAAGUACUUUCAUCAUCAGUGGCCAAAAUCUUACCGUGUCAGACGUUGUUCCUCCUUCUAUGAGUUUGAGGAUUGCUCGUGUACUCAUGAGUUUCAGUAUUGUAUUAUAUUUACUAGUUGCUGUCUCAUUGUUUUUCACUUGUAUAAAGCGCAAUCUAAAAGUAGAAAAAUUUUUAUGCGGAUUUAGUGUAUUAUUGGGCAAGUAUUUGGUUUAUGUUCUCACAAAUUUAAUCAUCGUUUUUUUGGUUAUAAUCAAUAGCUCCGAAGCUUUUAUCAAAACAUUGAGGGAAUGCUCACUUGGCAGUGCAUUUUACUACUUCUUAUUAUCUUAUUUUUUGCUAUGUAUUGGAAGCAUAACACACUUUGAUUCUUGGAUGGAUGUUUAUGUUGACUUACGUGCCAGAAAACUGCCAUUCGAAGGAUUUUUCCUGGCUAAGUUUGGAAGCACGUAG